AUAUGUGUGAAAUCAAAUACAAAAAGUGAGUAUCUCUGUAUAUCUAUCAAUGCACAUUUUCUUCUUCUUCUUACCAACUUUCUUUCUCUCACAACAUCAUCGAUCUAACACCAAUGCACAAACCUUGUUAUUCACACGUUUUAACGUUAUUUUGAUGUCUCUAAAAUCAAAACACACACACCAGAAGAACAGAACUACUUAGGAGUGUCUGAAUUCUCAAACCAAAAGCACACAUAACAACAAUGCAACAUUCUCACAAACUCUUUCCCACCAUUCUCUUUAUCUUAUCCUUCUUUUCUUCAACACUCUCCGACCUCUCGUCGGAGCGCGCGGCGCUCCUCGCCCUGCGCUCCGCCGUGCGCGGCCGUACGCUCCUCUGGAACACCACCUUCCGCUCGCCUUGCGUCUGGCCCGGCGUCCAAUGCGAUGCCGCCAAUGCCACUGUGGUGGAGCUUCACCUCCCUGCCGUCGCUCUCUCCGGCGAGCUUCCGGACGGUGUGUUCCCGGAGCUUCCCAACCUCCACACCCUCAGCCUCCGCGUCAACUCCCUCUCUGGCGCCCUCCCCGCUGACCUUGCUGCAUGCACCGCCCUCCGCAACCUGUUCCUCCAACAGAACCACUUCGCCGGCGAGGUGCCGGCGUUUCUCUCCGGCAUGACUGGCCUCGUCCGGCUCAAUUUGGCCUCCAACAACUUUUCCGGCCCAUUUCCGGCCCGGUUCGGGAACCUCACCCGGUUGAGGACCCUUUUCCUUGAGAAUAAUCGGCUCACUGGUUCGUUACCCGGUUUGGAAGAACUCGGUGAAUUGGCUCAGUUUAAUGUCUCUUACAACAUGUUAAACGGUUCUGUUCCAAAAAAGUUGCAGACUUUUGAUAAAGAUUCGUUUUUGGGCAAUACCCUUUGUGGGAAGCCACUUGGGAUUUGUCCCUGGGAUCAUGGGGGUGGCGAGAAUGGUGUAAAUGGGAGUUCAAAUUCAAGUGGGGUUGGAGGAGGAGAAGGGGGUGUGAUUGGAGGGGAAAAGAAGAAGGGGAAGCUUUCUGGGGGUGCAAUUGCAGGGAUUGUUGUUGGGUGCGUGGUGGCUCUUUUGUUGGUUCUCUUUGCUUUGAUUAUUUUAUGUAGAAGUGGAAACAAGACUAGGAGUGUUGAUAAUGUUAGCAACGUGGUGGGAUUGAAGGAGGAGCCUCAACAGCAUGGGGAGGUGGGAAUUGAGGGUGGUAAUGUGGAGAGUGGUGGUGGUGGUGGUGGGGAUUCGGUGGCCGCAGCGGCGGCAGCGGCGGCGGCAGUGGCGGCAGUGGGUGGGAAUGGAGUUGGCGGUGGAAGUGGUGGAGAUAAGAAGUUGGUGUUUUAUGGGAAUAAAGUGAAGGUGUUUGAUUUGGAGGAUUUGCUAAGGGCUUCUGCAGAGGUGUUGGGAAAAGGAACUUUUGGGACCACCUAUAAGGCUGUUUUAGAGGAUGGGCCUGUGGUGGCUGUGAAGAGGCUGAGGGAUGUGACGGUUUCGGAGAAGGAGUUUAAGGAGAAGAUUGAUGGGGUGGGAGUGAUGGAUCAUGAGAAUUUGGUACCUCUCAGGGCUUACUAUUAUAGCAGGGAUGAGAAGCUUCUUGUUCAUGAUUACAUGCCAAUGGGAAGCCUAUCUGCAAUUCUGCAUGGAAACAAAGGAGCUGGUAGGACACCGUUGAAUUGGGAAAUGAGAUCAGACAUUGCAUUAGGAGCUGCUCGUGGCAUCGAGUACCUACAUUCACAAGGGCCUAGUGUUUCUCAUGGAAACAUAAAGUCCUCCAACAUCCUCCUAAGCAAAUCCUAUGAUGCCAGGGUGUCUGAUUUUGGGCUUGCACACCUUGUUGGCCCCUCAUCCACACCGAACAGGGUGGCCGGCUACCGUGCCCCCGAAGUAACCGAUCCACGGCGAGUUUCUCAGAAGGCUGAUGUAUACAGCUUUGGAGUGUUGCUCUUGGAACUUCUGACUGGAAAAGCUCCUACUCAUGCCCUCUUGAAUGAGGAAGGAGUGGACCUUCCGAGAUGGGUCCAAUCAGUGGUUAGAGAGGAAUGGAGUUCAGAGGUGUUUGAUAUUGAACUCCUUAGGUAUCAGAAUUCUGAAGAGGAAAUGGUUCAGUUGUUGCAACUUGCAGUGGAUUGUGUAGUUCCAUACCCUGCAAACCGCCCUUCAAUGUCUCAAGUGAGACAACGCAUGGAAGAGUUUCAUAGGUCUAGUAGUACCAUGAAAGAGGGUACUCAAGACCAAAUCCAUCAACCUGAUUUGAUCGAUGAUAUAGAAGAUGUGUCAUCUAGAUGAGUUUGUGUAAAGGAUCUUCUUGGCUUUGGCUUUGUCAUGUGCUUAUGUUGUAUUUUCUUAAGACAAAACUUGAUGAGUUUUUUUGGCCACUUUUGGUGUUUUUUUUCUAUCAGAAUUGGAGUUUUAUAUCAGUAAUUGACAUAUAAAGGUUUGCAAUAAACAUAUAAACAUUGAUCACUGAAAUGAAACUUCAAUUCUGACAGAAGAAGAAUAUCAUCAAAAGUGUCAAAGGAAGUUCAUCUAAGUUUUCUGAUCUCAAUUGUACUAUCCCUUAUUUUUCUAUCCUAUCUAUCUACUCUACCAUGAGGGAGUGAGAUAUCUAUUCCAUUAGUUAUUGCCGGUGGAUUCUGGUUGAUGUAAUUAUUAAGUUUGCUUUUAACAUUGGCCUUUUCUUUUUGUGACA